UUGAUUUUGUCUUUAUUCCAAAUAAAAGAUCAAAAUUAAAACUUGGUUUCAUUGAUCAAUUUCCUACUUAAAGCAAUACCAUCACAGCUCAGAUCUCCAGUAAACAUUCGGCGUUAAAAAAAAUGAUUGCUUGAACCUACUGCUCCUCCCCAUUGAAACGAGGUAGGAAGAACACAAUAAACGAGAAAGCCUGGUUCAGCGAGUAACCAGCAACAGUGGGCUACUGACGGUUGCACAAUUGAACAAUAAUUUUACAACGUGGAGAGACAGCAAGCGACCAGCUGCCAGCAACCAACCCAUCGCACUUGUUCCUGUGGUCUAAGUGGGUCCGCUUUCCUAACGCAUGGAUGUAUGUAGUGCUUGGGUAUCUGGAUGAUAAACCACACCCAGUUACUUAAUUCUGGCUGCAAAAGUGAAUGAGGGUGAACGCGGUGGGAAAUAACAAAAAAGUCGAACUUGAUCUUGAACUGACUCGCUUUAAUAACACCGCUAAUGCCAGGAGAUCUUCAAGUGCGCGUGAAUUUCAAGUGCUAGUACAGACCGGCACUGGGACUCUUAUCAAUGUAAAUAUAAGUGAUAACCUUGCUGGGCGAUAGUAUUUAAAGCGAGGUAACAGGUUUAGAAGGUGAAAUAGUUUUUUUUUUCUUCUCUCUCUCUCUCUCUCUCUCUCUCUCUCUCUCUCUCUCUCUCUCUCUCUCUCUCUUGCCUUCAAUUUGAAUGCUGUACAAAAAAAAAAAAAAAAAAAUUAUCAUCACAGAACUGCGCUAAGGAAGUUGUUUUAAUUCUCCUGUCCUUAACUAGAACAUUUCCUCUCAGUCUUGGUGGUGGGGUGAAGUUAACGAACAGGUAUGGACUUUGAACUCGGGGAUUUGUGUCCAGAUAGAACUGAAACUAGCAAACCUUUGCAAUCAGAUAUGAUGGGUAUGACUUCCAGUGAACACAGCAAUGGCACGCACAGCCUGGACUUCCCUUGUCCAUCAUCAAAAUCCACUACCAGUGGCAUGCACACGAGUAUCAGCGAAAUAUAUAAAGACAAGACACUGAGGCCGUCCAGGAGAAGCAUGCCCUGCCUGGCUCAGAGCCAGACUCACCCCCAGAAUCUGAACAAACUGUCCCUGCACCAGCCCAGUCAGACCCAGCCGCAGACGAAGAGCGCCGAGCCGUCCUCCGUCAACAUCUCCUGUGAGAAAGACGGAGGAAAGGAUGCAUAUAUAGAUGAAUCGGAACAAGGAAACUACGACUCCCGGACGGAUCAGUCCCUCUUGAUCAAAAAAACUUUGAACCGUCCAAAACUGGAAGGCCGCACAGUGUCCUUAGAGGAUAACAACCCAACUGCACCAUCAGGCUUGUUCUUUAGGGAUGGGAAGAAGCGCAUUGACUACAUCUUAGUUUACAAGAAGUCCAGCUUGCAAGUGGAAAAGAGAUGCACCUUUGAGAAGAACCUGCGAGCAGAAGGGCUAAUGUUGGAAAAAGAGCCGUCUUUGACAAACAGUGACAUCAUGUUUGUUAAAAUCCACGUUCCCUGGGAGACGCUUUGUAAAUAUGCAGAUCAGCUGAACAUCAGGAUGGCAUUCAGGAAAAAAUGUUAUUUCACUGAUUGGAAGAGCAAAUCGAUGGGCAGGUUUCAGCGCAACCUGAGACAGCUGAAGAGCUGGCUGCCAAGGAACCCCAUGAAGCUUGAUAAAGAAGCCCUGCCUGACCUGGAGGAGACAGACUGCUACACUGCGCCCUUCAGCCGAGCACGCAUGCACCAUUUUACAAUCAACAACAAAGAAACAUUCUUCAGUAAUUCUACAAGGAGUAGGAUAGUCCAUCACAUGCUGCAGAGGACAAAGUAUGAAGAUGGGAAAUCAAAAAUGGGUAUAAACCGAUUACUUGGCAAUGGGACAUAUGAAGCUGCCUUUCCUCCUCAUGAGGGCAGCUACAAAAGCAGACAUCCAAUCAAAACUCACGGAGCUCAGAAUCACAGACACCUGCUGUAUGAGAGAUGGGCAAGGUGGGGCAUGUGGUACAAAUACCAGCCGCUGGAUUUAAUAAGACGGUACUUCGGGGAGAAGAUCGGCUUGUAUUUUGCCUGGUUGGGGUGGUACACUGGCAUGCUGAUCCCUGCUGCUCUCGUUGGGCUGUUUGUCUUUCUGUACGGGCUCUUCACGAUGGACUCAAGCCAGGUCAGCAAGGAGAUCUGUGAUGCGAACGACACUGUCAUGUGCCCCAUGUGUGAACGCAACUGUUCAUUCUGGAAACUCAGUGAUAGCUGUGUGUAUGCAAAGGUUACACAUCUUUUUGAUAACGGAGGAACUGUCUUCUUUGCAAUAUUUAUGGCGAUAUGGGCCACCGUGUUUCUGGAGUUUUGGAAAAGGCGACGGGCAGAACUCACUUAUGACUGGGACCUUAUCGACUGGGAAGAAGAGGAGGAGGAGCUGCGGCCCCAGUUUGAAGCCAAGUAUUCCAAGAUGGAGCGAGUCAAUCCCAUCACCGGGAAGCCAGAACCCUUCCAGCCCUUCACGGACAAGCUGAGCCGCCUCAUGGUCUCCGUCUCAGGAAUAUUUCUCAUGAUUUCCCUGGUGCUCACCGCAGUGUUCGCUGUGGUUGUGUACCGGCUGGUCGCUAAGGAGCAGUUUGCCUCGUUCGAGUGGGAGUUUGUCAAGAAGAACUGGCAGUUUGCGACGUCGGGAACUGGAGUCUGCAUCAACUUCAUGAUCAUCAUGUCACUCAACGUGGUAUAUGAAAAAGUUGCAUACCUCCUUACAAAUUUAGAGCACCCCCGUACAGAAUCGGAAUGGGAGAACAGCUUUGCUCUCAAAAUGUUCUUGUUCCAGUUUGUCAACUUGAACAGUUCCAUCUUUUAUAUUGCUUUCUUCCUUGGGAGGUUUGCCGGUCGGCCAGGGAAAUAUAACAAACUGUUUGAGAGAUGGAGGUUAGAAGAGUGUCAUCCUAGUGGCUGCUUAAUAGACCUCUGUAUGCAGAUGGGCAUCAUCAUGGUUUUAAAGCAAAUCUGGAACAAUUUUAUGGAGCUCGGUUAUCCGCUGCUGCAGAACUGGUGGUCUCGGAGGAAGAUUAAGAAGGGGAGUCCCAGGCAGAGUAUGGAAAACAAAGGGUUUCUGCAGCAGUGGGAUGAGGACUGGAACCUGCUGCCCAUGAAUCCACACGGCCUGGUGGAUGAGUACUUGGAAAUGGUGUUGCAGUUCGGUUUCACCACGAUCUUUGUGGCAGCCUUCCCCUUGGCGCCUCUGCUGGCUCUGCUCAACAACAUCAUUGAAAUCCGGCUGGAUGCCUACAAGUUCGUCACACAGUGGAGACGACCAAUGCCAGCCAGGGCUACAGACAUAGGCAUCUGGUAUGGAAUUCUUGAAGGGAUAGGAGUCCUCGCCGUGAUUACCAAUGCGUUUGUGAUAGCCAUUACGUCAGACUACAUCCCUCGAUUCGUCUAUGCAUUCAAAUACGGACCCUGUGUUGACCAGGGCUACAGGCAUGAAAAGUGUUUGAGAGGCUAUGUGAACAGCAGUUUAUCAUGGUUCAACAUGGCGGAGCUGGGCAAUGGAAAUUCAGGCUAUUGUAGGUAUCGGGACUACCGGGCUCCGCCCUGGGGCUCCCCGCCCUAUGACUUCACUCUGCAGUUCUGGCACGUGCUAGCAGCCCGCCUUGCUUUCAUUAUCGUCUUUGAGCACCUGGUGUUUGGGAUAAAAUCCUUCAUUGCCUACCUAAUCCCUGACAUGCCCAAAGACCUGUGUGACCGAAUGAGGCGAGAGAAGUACUUGGUCCAGGAGAUGAUGUACGAGGCAGAGCUGGAGCACCUACAGAAGGAGAGGAAGAAGAACGGCAAGCGCUACCACCACGAAUGGCCUUAGCAUUGCACCCGCAGAGCAGCUGUGCACGUGAACAGUACAGGACUUGCACAGCAUUGGAGAAGAGAAAGAAGAGCUGGAAUCCAACUGCGAAACACCUGAUCUUGGAAGACACAUUCAGUGUAUCCAGAACAGGGAUAAUUUACCGAGCAUGACGUGGAAGACAAUAUGGAGACUGGAGGAUUGUAUUUUAUUGCUGAUGCGUGUUUUUGAGAAACAUAUAUACAGUAUGUACUGAAAAUCAUGCCUUGUAAUGAACAUUAGUAUGUUAGAAACAGUCACUUGGUGUAAACGAAACAGUUCGACAAUUAGCCAAACAUUGUAAAAAAUAAUAAUAAAAAAGCAACCCAUUUGAAAGCUGCUUAGACGCUUUGACUUCAUAUUGCACUAAGCUUGGUCCUUCAGGACUUGUCCUGUUUGUGCAAUGCGAGUGCUGCGAAGGGUAAUGAGCACAAUCUUAAUGUAUACUAUGCAGAUCAAGGACUGUACAUCACCAUUAUUUCAUUUAUUCAUUUUUCAACAAGGAAAGAAUGCAAAUGUUAAAAAGAACAAAAGACUUGUAUUACAGCACACAGUAACACCUGCUUUAGUAAUGAUUAACAAUAGAAAUUAGCUUGUGUAUAUAUAUAUAUUUAUAUAUAAAUGCAAAGAAACACAUAUGUUAUUUUUGUGGUGAUGUACAAUUCUUUUUUUUCUUUGAGUCUGUUAAAAUCCAAUGCAUGUGCAGCAGAUAGUUCUCGAAUUUAAGUUAUACCUGCAUUCAGCUUGAUUUUGAUUCUGAAAAUAAUACAGUUUUUUUGUCUGAACCGUCACGUAGUAUUUGUUACCAGCUGUGACUGGGAAGGUCUCCUGAGCUGCUGGCUGGUUUCAUUCAGAAACGGAAUCAAGGUGCGAUGAAGGUGGUCCUUUUCAUAGGAUGUACAGAAGGAAUGGGAAGAUUACUUAGCAACCUUCCUCCGCUCUCAGGAUGGCAUGUCAUUCAGGUGUACAGUACAUGCAUUUGUCAGAUUCACUGUUUGCCUUCAGACUUGGGGUUUUCUACUCUUUUGGCUGAAAAUCAUGAGUCUUGCCUUACUAAAGAUCUGUCUGCUAAGAAAAGCAUAUCAUUGCAGCAAUUGUUAAAUAGCUGCACCCUCAAUGUUACAUUUAGAAGAGGGGAUCUCUGUACUGUCUUAAAAACAAUGCUGACAUUAUAUUUCAGUCUUCUUCUGUUGUCUACAGUGCUAGACUCUUACUGACAAUAGAUUUUUUUUAAACAAUUCAAAACUUGUAUUUUCUCAAAAUCAGUAACCAGAGAAUGCACGGUGAGAACAUACACAUCGCAACCAAAGCUUAGACACAACAAACUGCACCACAGAGUGAUCUUCCCAUUUCAAUACAGGGGGUUUGCCCACUUGUAUGGUGUUUUAGUUCUAUGGUCUGUCAUAUUCGGUGCAUUUUAACAGACCACUCAUGUAAAUGACUAUGCACAUGUGUUUGCCUGCUGUAUCAAAAACAAAUAAGUAGUAGUUUAACUGCUGUGCGUGGAAAACAAAAUAUCUGCUUUGACUGGUUCAGGGUUUCUCCACACUAGCUAUGGACUUUACAUCUAAUGCAGCAUGCAAGCUUUUCUGAUUGUAAUGAAAGAGAGAAAGACAGACCUCCGUGAUUGCUGCAAAAUGGAUUUUCUAAACCCUUAAACAAAAUGUAUCGAGCACCUAGCUUUAUUUCAAACAAGUUUGCAUGCCUUAGAUGCGUUUGUGAAUUCUGCAGAAGAAAAAGCCUUAUUAGCAUGCCGUCUCUCUUAAAAUAAUUCAACUAAAAGAAAGCAUGUGUAAAAAAAAAAAAAAAAAAAAAAAAAGGAAAAAGUCUUGCUAUGGUCAGUACAACUGCAAACAUUCAGGUGGUCAUAUCCGGUCAGAUUAUGAAUGGGUCCGUGUUAUUAAUAGCCAAUGCCCCAAUGUUUUACAUUAGUGGAAGCCCCUUUUGCAAAUGAAAACUGAACCAUACACUGCAUGCAAA